AUGAGCACUUCAUCCAGCUCACAGUCGUCCACGACGGCCGUCGGCACCCCCAGAGCCUACCACCGCUCCUCACCCUCGCUUACGCCAGAGCUGGCCUACAAGGUCGCCGCCUGGCUCGAGACACAACCACCCGUGUCUACCUACCGGCCCAUGGCGUCGAUAGACGCGGUGAGAAAGCAUCCUCCUCCUCCUCCUCGUCGUCAUGCAAGAAAAGUGUCCACUGGAUACCCGACGUCAUUGACAACGAGAAAAAGCCUCGUCGUCGCCGCAGCAGCAACCGGUCGAGGCGCACGCUCCGCCGCCGACGCCACGGUUCCAUCGUCUGCCGACACCGGACUCUUCGGAGUUGAGUGCGAGGAGUUCUGCUACUGCUGCAAAGAGAUUGUCGGGAGUAAGAUGGAAGUCCAAAUGGCUGCUGCCAAGUUUCAUAUUGUGUCUGUCAAGCAGAAGACGCGUAGCAGACAUUGA